AUUUUGUGUUGAGAACCCGAAGCUGUGUGUCGGAAGUUCCAAUUUUUGUGAACGAGAAAUGAGAAGACCUUAUACCCAGGGAGACGAGGGAGAAGACUCGUUCAUUAGAACUCGCAGAUAGAUUGAUAGAUAGAGAGUUCAGACCCAAAAACAAAAAAAAACAAAAAAAGAUUGAUAGAUAGAUAUAUAGAGAGUUUUUGGAUCCACGGUUGUCGGAAACCAUGGCGAGAGGGCCUCUCGCUAGCCAUCUAUUGAUCUCUGUGUGUGUUCUGCUCGUUGUCCAUAGUAGUUCUUUUUAUCUUCCCGGUGUGGCACCACAAGAUUUCCAGAAGGGGGAUCCGUUGAUGGUGAAAGUGAACAAACUGAGUUCUACGAAAACACAGCUUCCUUACUCCUACUAUACACUGCCUUAUUGUCGUCCAGGUAGAAUUAUUGACAGUGCAGAGAAUCUAGGAGAAGUUCUUCGUGGUGAUCGCAUUGAAAACUCUCCCUAUGUGUUUAAAAUGAGGGAACCUCAAAUGUGCAAUGUUGUUUGUCGCGUAACUCUUAAUGCAAAGACAGCCAAAGAGUUUAAGGAAAAGAUAGAUGAUGAGUAUCGAGUGAACAUGAUUUUAGACAAUCUUCCUUUGGUUGUUCCUCUACGAAGACCUGAUCAAGAAUCUUCUAUAGUGUACCUGCAUGGCUUUCUUGCCGGUCUUAAAGGACAAUACGCUGGAAAAAAGGAUGAAAAAUAUUUUAUCAACAACCACUUAACAUUUAUGGUCAAGUAUCAUCCUGAUCCAGUGACAGGGUCGUCAAGGAUUGUAGGCUUUGAGGUUAAGCCUUUCAGUGUCAAUCAUCAAUAUGAAGGCGAGUGGAAUGAGAAAAGCCGCUUAACUACAUGUGAUCCUCAUGCAAGGAAGUUAGUCACCAGCUCUGAAUCUCCACAGGAGGUUGAAGACAAGAAGGAAAUUAUCUUUACAUAUGAUGUUGAGUUCCAGGAUAGUGAAGUGAAGUGGGCAUCUCGCUGGGAUACCUAUCUUCUAAUGGCUGACGAUCAGAUUCACUGGUUUUCAAUUAUUAACUCUUUAAUGAUUGUACUUUUCCUUUCUGGUAUGGUGGCUAUGAUAAUGUUGCGGACACUUUACCGUGACAUAUCCAAGUAUAACCAGUUAGAGACCCAAGAAGAAGCCCAAGAAGAGACAGGAUGGAAACUUGUCCAUGGGGAUGUGUUCAGGCCUCCGUCAAAGUCAGACUUACUCUGUGUCUAUGUUGGAACAGGUGUUCAAUUUUUUGGAAUGAUUCUUGUUACCAUUAUAUUUGCUGCCCUUGGAUUUCUUUCCCCAUCAAACAGAGGGAGCUUGAUGACGGUAAUGCUAUUGCUCUGGGUUUUUAUGGGAUAUUUUGCUGGAUACUCUUCGUCUCGCCUUUAUAAGAUAUUCAAGGGCACGGAGUGGAAAAAGCUCGCUCUCGAGACGGCCUUUAUGUUUCCUGCCACUGUCUUUGCAGUAUUCUUUGUUCUAAAUGCUCUAAUUUGGGGCCAGAAGUCUUCUGGGGCUGUGCCAUUUGGAACAAUGUUUGCUCUGGUUUUCCUAUGGUUUGGAAUCUCUGUACCGCUUGUCUUCCUUGGUGCCUAUGUGGGCUUUAGAAAGCCAGCGCCUGAGGAUCCUGUAAAGACAAACAAAAUUGCUAGGCAGAUCCCUGAGCAGGCAUGGUAUAUGAACCCAGUCUUUUCCAUUCUGAUAGGAGGAAUACUCCCAUUUGGUGCUGUCUUCAUCGAGCUUUUCUUCAUUCUUACAUCUAUCUGGUUACAUCAAUUUUACUACAUAUUCGGUUUCCUGUUUAUCGUUUUCAUAAUCCUCAUUGUCACUUGUGCUGAGAUCUCAAUUGUUCUCUGCUACUUCCAGCUGUGUAGUGAGGACUACCUUUGGUGGUGGAGGUCCUAUUUGACUGCAGGUUCCUCAGCACUCUACCUUUUCCUCUAUACAGCUUUUUACUUCUUCACAAAGCUUGAGAUCACAAAACCAGUAUCUGGGGUUUUGUAUUUUGGGUAUAUGCUAAUUCUCUCAUAUGCCUUUUUUAUGUUGACUGGCACAAUUGGUUUCUAUGCCUGCUUUUGGUUCACCAGGCUCAUCUACUCCUCAGUGAAAAUUGACUGAUCCUAGCAAAGUCAAAGAAAUUAUUGGGUCGUUGAAUCUUUUUGGCCAGGUCUUAUUUUUAUUUGGAACAGGGAACUGUGGGAGUCCUUAGGCUAGAACAUUGGUUCAAGUUUAAACAUACAAACUGUUAGUCACUUCAGUAUAGGUUGUUUUCAGAUUCAAGUUUGUUUAAAUAUUUGUUCACGUAUACUUCUUCCCCCGUUCUUCUCUUUUUGUUUAAUAUCCUCAUUGUUUUGUACGAGACGUUCAUGAAGCCUGUUACGUAAUCUUGCCGUCCACGAUACCCAUUUUGAAAAAGAAAUUUUCGCAAGUGUAAUGUACACCUUGAUUUAGAUUCUGUCUUCAGAAACUGAAUCAGUUUAUAUGGAUACUGUGAAUGUGGAACUUCACAUAAAUCUUGUUCUAUAUCAUUAAUAUUUCUGGUAA